UCAGAGAAAUGUAAAGGUCAUGCAAUAACAAUUCUUAAUGAUGGUUCACACUACCUUCAAAAAUAUUCCAAUCAUACCCAAGCUAGUAGUGGUAAUAUUGCUAAAAUUAUUGCUGAUAUUAAACAACAAGCAUUAGCAAGAGAUCAACCUGUUCAAAUUAUUCAAAAUAACAUA